AAACCUACCUUACCUUGCCCCCCAUGGUUACAGAACCCCCAGUAGGUGAUGUUACUGUUGGUGGUCUUUUCAAAUUAAACAGAGCAGCUUUUAAAAUGGGGGGGGGGAAAAACUCAAAAAACAAACAUUUACACUAAUUUCAUGAUGGAGAAUGCCUGACCGCUAUAUUUAUAUCCAGUAGGUUAAUUCCUUUGAUUUAUGUCCCUCACACUAGGACCCAACAAGGUCACCAAUCUCUGCUGGCACUGGAGUCCAUUGUUUGGAGAUGGCAAGUCAUCCAGUGACUCCUAGACAAAAACCCUAGAAGAAGGUGGAAGGGAUUGAGAGAUCUGUAUCAAGUCUCAGAGAUGGACUACCAGCUGAACAGACCGGUAAGGGAUAUAUUCACAAAAUACACUUCUAUUGUUUUAUCCUAUCUUUCUGUCUUUGUGAUAGGGAAGUAUAACUCGAGGAUAUGGUAGAGGGAGAGAAAGAGAAGAAUCUUGAUGAGAAUAUCACGCUCAAUUUAAUUGUUUUGGAUAAACAUUUCAAAUGAUCUCAAUCUGUUAGAAAAUCUUUUCUAAUUAUUUAUCUACAGAAUCCACCAUUGAAGUCUAUGGUAAUUUUCCUUUGAAAAGCUUAUCUGAAACAAUUAAAGGCUAUAAUUUGUAGUAGUUAUAGUUAAUGUCUGGCCAAUUAAUCCUGUUGUAGAUUGAUGAUCUGUAACAAUGACAUUUCUUAUUUAGGAUCAGUGUGAGUUUGAGGAAGUGGCCGUUUACUUCUCCGAGGAGGAGUGGGACUAUUUAAAUUAUGAAGAGAAGGAGCUUUACCGGGAUGUGAUGAUGGAGAAUUACCAGACCCUCAGCUCUCUGGGUAAGAAAACUUCACCCUAUUUAGAGGAAAUCUUUCUCAUAAGAACAUAUUCAUAUCUGGGACAAAUUGACAUUUCUUCACCUAUGUUCCUAACUCAUCGUAAUCAUAAUAAAUGUGUAUCUUUAAAUUCUAAUUGUUAAUAAUGUGUCCCGUUAAAUACAGGAAGGAUUCACAUGACGCCUUUGAUUAUAUCAGCGAUUGAGCGAGGGGAAGAGCCGUAUGUCAGGAGCCACCUGCAGGAUAGUCUUUUGAAUACUGGCCCAGGUUAGUAAUAAACAUGUAGGUGGUAUUAGGCUCCUUUAUGGGUCAGAGAUCUUGGCUUUUCUUUUUUCCAGGCUUCUCUACCUUCCUGAUCUCUGCAGGGGAGCUGAAUUAUUGUGAAGCUCUCCAUACAGCUCAGUGUGGUGAGAGUUUGCAGUGUUUAGUUACUCAUUAUGCCCCAGACAGACUCUGUUGUGCUUUGUUACCAGGUUAAAGGGAGAGACUGUUCAUUGCAGCUGCUGUGAUUUGCAAAUAUUGUUUAGUUCUCGGCUAUCUGGUAUUGCUUUGUUUGAAAUGUGGGAGCUAGCAAAAAGUUAGGAGACAGGGUUUUUUUAAACUAACAAAUUUAAAUUUUCAAUGAGAAAAAUGCAAUUCUUAAAGGGACAGUUAAGUCGCCAAAACCACUACAACUUAAUGUAGUUGUUCUGGUGUCUAUAGCCUGUUGCUGCGGGCUUUUUAAUGUAAACACUGCCUUUUCAAGCAUCUUUUUGAGGAAAUGCUGAUUGGUACAGCGCAGAGUUUUGCUGCGCAUGCGCAACAUCCUCCCUAUGCUUUCCUAAGGGAAAGCAUUGGCUUAGCGGAGUUCAUAAAGAUUGAGAAUCUCAGCCAUGGCAAAACUGGGGUAAGUAAAAACACCUUUCUGAUGCGAUUGGAGGGGGGCACAUACCUAAAAAGACACACAUAUACACAGACACACAAACACUCUGACAGACACACACAUUUUUCGCACACUCACAAUUUGACAUGUUUGUUUUAAUUUAAGUCCACCCAGCUUCUUUACCUUUAGGAGAGAUGAGUGGAUCAUUUCCCUGGGGUCCAGUGUCGCUGCUUUCUAAUCUUCCUGCUACUGCUCCCCUGCGCGCUCUUUGGUGUGAUGCCGGUGAUGACAUCAGAUUCUAGCUCCCGGCGUCACUAAACCGCGUGCAAGAGAGAAGAGAGGAACUGCAGGAAGAUAAUUGAUACUUCAGCCAGCCUCCUCCAUGCUUCAUACGACGGCUAUUUUCAGUGUUCCCCCAGGUGGCCAGUUUUAAUGCUCCCUUGAGUGGCCGCCUUUACUAAUGGCUGCCAAAUCCCAGGUGCAAGGGCAAAAUUUUUAGUUGACUUCGUGCUUUGGAUCUGUUGUUUAGUUAUUUAAUUUUACUUUCUUCCUGCUAUUCUAUUACAUCAUAAAGGCAUCAUAAUUUUACGCGUAACUUGGUAUCGUGAUCUUCUAUCAACUCUUAAGUGACUGUAGGAAUUACAAUCCUUAUUGUAGACCAGUAUCCCCUAGUCCUAAGUCCUCCAAGCGUAAUGUGGUGGCCCAUCCGAGUGUUGCCUCCAAGGAUUCCCUUUCCCUCAGUCAUUAUAGAUCCCAAAGUAUGUUUUAGUAUUUAUAGCAGUGUAGCAGAUUCACCCAAGCACUAGCCGAGACUUAGGUAUACUAGGCUUAGUGUUGGGCAUUCGCUUUUGUCUGAAGUCCGGACAGGAAUUUAGGCUAUUUGUUCAUUCGUCAAAAUGACCAAUUAACAAAUAGAAAUUAAAAAGAAUGAACGAAAAUCGAAUUUCAAUUUGGCCUUUGUUGGUUGGUUUAGUUUAUUAAAGCUGUGGGUGGGGACCAUAAGUGGCAUGGAUCAGAUCACAAUUUCAUUCAUUCGUAUAAAUGACAGGACGUACAGGAAUAGUGAAAGGAUUCAUCGCGAGAACAGGGAAGAGGGUGAGUAUUGUGGGAAAAUUAUUUGACCCACAGGACAUGGUACUGACUAAGUUCCUCCUUUAGUCAAAGAAGGUCAAGCGUAGGAAAUAUACAUAAGACAAAGUAGAUAAGAUGAGAGGAAGAGAACAGAGAGAGGAAGAGAAGAGGAAACAAUAGGAUAAAGGUAAGUUCUAUAUGACAGUACCGUUUUAUCACCUUCACUACAAUCAAUUUGGCCUUGAUUGAAUUAUUUUGGAUAUGCUUUUAAAAUCAAAACCUGUUAGAAAAACUUUGAAACUGUGGAUAAAUAAUUUGAGAGGUUUUUCUAAAAGAUUGGGAUAAUUUGAAAAGUGUAUGCAAAAUAAUUAAAUCAAGGCCUUUGUGUUUGGGUUAAAAAAUCUUAGCAUAGGAUAUAUUUGAUACAUGUAAUACAUAUCUAGUAUAUAAAUAUGUUAAAUAUCAAUGGUGUCUAUUGCUGUCCAUACAUGAAAAUGUAUAGUAGUUUUUUUCUCUCCAUUUAUUUGUUCAUCCUCUAGUGAAAUGCUUUACACAGUAUAUACAGUAUCCCUUUUUUGCAAUAUUUCAGUGUCUGAAAUAUUUGUAAAAAUAAAAAUGCACGUUUUUUCUCCCAUACAGUAGCUAGGACAAAAAAAAGGCCAAAUACCCUGAUUGUAUGUAUAUGUAAGCCCAAUAGCAUUAUUAGCAGUACAGUGUAUUAAAAUAGUGAUAUCAUGUGAAAACAAUGCUCGCACUAGCAUAGCUCCCAUAUACAGCAAAUACAGUUACAUUGUUUCUAAAAUAAAGGAAUUUCAAAAUGUUUUCUAACAAUCUCUGCAAUGCUAACGUAAUGUUAAAGGACCCUAUUCACAUCUCCCUCCAUUCCUGACUGUAGGAAUGGUAUGACCUAUGAAGUUUCCUUUACUGUGUGGAAGGUGGGGGGUAAUUGUCAUUAUCAGGAUAUUUGCAGACAUUUAAAAGGUGGAAUGAAAGACUUGCAGAGAAAUGUGUUUCUGUAUAAGCUGGUUCUCAUUCCUGACAUUUAAAUUAAGGUAGGUGAGGCUUUAUGGACUAAAUUAUAUUUUUAAAGCAAAUUAAAGUAAUUGUGUGUAUACACAAUUUCAUAUUCAAACUUUGCUCACUAUGGAGAUAUAAAUCCCAAUUGAAAGAUCUGCAUGCCGAACUCACUCUGUUUGCAGCUCACCUGUCACUAAAAAUGGCCCCAGCUGACAGAGGAGACACGGUUAUCUAUUGAUACCUGGGUUUCCUGGUGUGAGCAAGGAUUUAACACCUUAUUGUAACAAUGGGGAGUUAAAUCUCUGAUCGCAGCGCUCACGUUGAGCUCUGCAAACCGAGCAUUAUUCAGUCUGGGACCACUUAUUCUGGCUUGAGUUGAUAGAAAGGACACCCAGGGUCCAUGGUACCAGCAGGGAUUUAAUUUAACCCCUGCUGGUACUUUUACUGCAUGAUGGUCUAUGCUGUCAUUGUGCAUUAAAACCAUACACUGCAUAGACCAUCAUGUGAUCCUUAAGUAGUUAUGGUCCUUUGCAAUCACCGUGAUGCUCUAUAGUCAAAAUUCCGAUCUUUCAUAAAAAUAUUUUGGUAAAAAAAGAAUAAUUUCUAGUGACAGGUUUUAUUUAACUCCAAGUACAUUACAUUUCUUGCAGGUGGUUCCAACAGCAGAAGUUAUCCUGAAGGACAGGACAGGAACAAAAGUGCACUAAGCAAUACUCUAAAUAAAUAUUGUAAUAAAAGGACCAAGGAAUUAAUUCCUCAAAAGUCAAACAAUCGCUCAGAACCAUGUACAUAUUCAAGUCAGAUAGUAAACAGAAACCAAAAACAUUUCCCAUGUUCUGAAUGGUGGAAAUGUUUUCAUUGUUCAGAAUUUGUUGUCCACACAGGAGAAAUGCCAUUCUCUUCUUUUCCAUGUAACUCCUAUCUUGCAAAACCGAGAAUUCACACAGAAAAGAAAACAUUCUCAUGUCCUGAUUGUGGGAAAAGCUACAGCCAAAACUCAAGUCUUACUAUACAUCGAAGAACUCACUCAGGAGAGAGACCGUACUUAUGUUCAGUGUGUGAGAAAUGUUUUGUCCGUAAAUCAGAACUUGUCACACAUCAGAGAACACAUACCGGAGAGAAGCCUUUCUCAUGUUCUGAAUGUGGGAAAUGUUCUGUCAGUAAAUCAGAUCUUGUGAAACAUCAGAGAACUCACACAGGAGAGAAGCCUUUCUCAUGUUCUGAAUGUGGGAAAUGCUUUAGCCGGCGCUCACACCUUGUUAGGCAUAAUAGAACUCACACAGAGGAAAAGCCUUUCUCUUGUUCUGAAUGUUCGAAAAGGUUUAGCAUUCACUCACAUCUUGUUAGACAUCACAGAACUCACACAGGGGAAAACCCUUUUUCGUGUUCUGAAUGUGGUAAAUCUUUUCCCAGUAAAGCUGAGCUUGUGAUACAUUUGAGAACUCACACAGGAGAGAAAGCAUUCUCAUGUCCUGACUGUGGGAAAUGCUACAGCCAAAACUCAAGUCUUACUAUACAUCAAAGAACUCACACAGGAGAGAGACCGUACUUAUGUUCUAUGUGUGAGAAAUGUUUUGUCAGUAAAUCAGAACUUGUGAAACAUCAGAAAACUCACACAGGAGAGAAGCCUUUCUCGUGUUCUGAAUGUGGGAAGUGCUUUAGCCGGCACUCAAACCUUGUUAUGCACAAUAGAACUCACACAGGAGAAAAGCCUUUCUCAUGUUCUGAAUGUGGGAAAAGGUUUGUCAGUAAAUCAUAUCUUGUGACUCAUCAGAGAACUCAUACAGGGGAAAAGCCUUUCUCGUGUUCUGAAUGCGGAAAAUGCUUCAACCGGCACUCAAACCUUAUUAUGCACAAUAGAACUCACACAGGAGAAAAGCCUUUCUCAUGUUCUGAAUGUGGGAAAAGGUGUGUCAGUAAAUCGCAUCUUGUGAAUCAUCAGAGAACUCACACAGGAGAGAUGCCUUUUUCGUGUUCUGAGUGUGGGAAAUGCUAUAGCCAGCGCUCACACCUUAUUGUGCAUAAAAGAACUCAUACAGGUGAAAAGCCCUUCUCUUGUUCUGAAUGUGGGAAAAGUUUUAGCAUUCACUCACAUCUUGUUAGACAUCGCAGAACUCACACAGGAGAAAAGCCUUUUUCAUGUUCUUAAUAUGGGAAAUAUGUUAGCCAGCAUGCACAUUUUGUUAGCCAUCAGAGAACUCUCAUUAAAGAGAAGCAUUGUGUUGUUCUGAAUAUAGGGAAUGGUAUAGUCAACUCCAAGGUUUUAUGAAGCAGCAAUGGAAUAACAUGAGAUCUGCAUUGUGAAUGUUAAACAUACUAAAACUGUGAUUAAAAUUUUAUUUACUACCCAUCAUUUCACUAAAGCAAAGCUUUUUCAUGUUUAAACUAUAAAUAAUACCUCCUAUCCUUUUUUUUAAAGGUACCUUAUUUACGGUUAAGAAUAUAUUUAGAAUUAAUUCUUAUUCUCUAAGUUAUAUCAGUUGUAAAUGUUGUCUUUGUAUAUGCUGAUUGUAAAAUUAAAAAAAUCUUGGUAACGGAGGUGUGUACAGG